UCACUGCAACACCAACUACACUACCUACACAACAUAACAACAUACUGCAAUGCCCUCCAUUCUGAUUGUUCCCGGCUUCUGGGAAGGCCCAACGGUCUUCAGUGCCGUCUCUUCCCUCCUGCAAUCCCAGGGAUACACCGUCGAAACCGCCGUGCUGCCCAGCACCGGCACUGUCUCGCCCGGCAACCCGACCAUGGGCGACGACAUCCUGUCUAUCCGCACGCACAUCGAGCGCCUCGUGGUCGCCGGAGAAGACGUCCUGCUCGUUCUCCAUUCCGCCGGCGGGUUUCUCGGCAGCGAAGCCAUGCAGGGACUCGACAGGAAGACGCGACACGCUGCUGGAGAAACAGGGGGGGUGGUAGGGAUUGUUUUUUUGGCGGCAGCGGUGUUUCCCCAGGGAUAUACGCACCAACCCUUGCCUUUUGCUGUCGUGGAGAACGGCUCUUCAUAUUGCGCGCAACCGGAAACCAUCCUGUUCAACGAUCUCUCCGAGUCUGACAAAACGAAAUGGCUGGCUGUGUUGAAACCGCAACCGGCGCACGACUGGGACGGAACAGUCUCGUAUACAGGCUGGAAAGACGUGCCGUCGGUGUAUCUCAUCUGCGAGGAGGAUCAGGCCAUUCCAGUGUCUCUGCAGGAGCAGUUGGCGGCGCUGGCGGGGAGUUCAGUCCAGCGGUGCCGUGCAGGCCAUAUGGUGCACUUGAGUCUGCCGGAGAGAGUUGUUGAGGUUGUCUGUGGUUUGAUAGAUUUGAUAGAUGGUUGAUAGAUAGAUUCUGAUACUACAGUAAACCUACUCUACAACACCAUACCAAUAUCCAUCAGAAAAUUAAUAUGGCUUCUAC